AUGAAUCAAUACGACAUUGUUUUAGAAAAGGAAACAAUAACUCUAAAAGAUAUACCAAGUUUACUUGUAAUAAACAAAAUAAAACUAACAGGAAUUAAUCCAGAUAAUAAUGAAACCCAAACACAAAUAAAUGAACAACCAACCAAUCAUAUAAUCAUAACUUCUGAAAAUGGUAAUACUCAAACAUGGCAAUCUCUAAACAUUCCAACUUCAACUGUAACAUUUCUAACAAUGAGAGAUGAUGAUAAUCAUGAAAUAAUGAUUACAGAAGGAACUGGAAUCCUCUACGCAGUAAUGACCUUUGACUUGAAAGAUCACACAAUACAUUUUGGUGCAUACAAAAAUCAAUGGUUCAAUAUCACCCCUCAAAAAAACAUAAUAAUAUUUCCUUAUAGAUUAAAUUAUAAUGAUUCAACCAAACGUCUAUCAUUAACAUUAGAAGGCAGUGGAAGAGAACAAAAUCCAAAUCAACAAUUCAUUGAAAUAGACUUAGAAAUUAACGGUGGAGUCUCAACAAUUUCUCCAGGUCUUUUUGAUGAAAUUUGGAUCAAAUACUUCAACAAAGAAAAUUAA